AUGGAGUUUCAAUUUGGGCUCAGGAUCUUUUUGGUCCUGACCAUACUGGCUUUGACGUUCUAUGGAGGUGGCGUUGAAGGACAAAGGGCAGGCUGCAAAAACGUCCACUAUGAUCUGGUUUUCAUCUUGGAUACCUCUUCCAGUGUGGGCAAGGAAAACUUUCAGAAGAUCCGCCAAUGGGUGGCAAACCUGGUGGAAUCGUUUGACUUAGGUUUUGAUAAGACACGUGUGGCUGUGGUCCGCUAUAGCGACCGUCCCACCACCGAAUUCAACCUGCGUAGGUACAGAACUCUCCAGGAGGUCAAACAUGCUGCUGCAAACAUCCGCUACCUGGGUGGGAACACCAAGACUGGAGACGCCAUCAGCUUCACGGUUAAUAACAUCUUCACUGAGAGGGCAGGUGCACGGCCUGACACCAAGGGCUUUCAGAAAGUGGCGAUCUUGCUAACUGAUGGCAAGAGUCAAGAUUUUGUUUUGGAGCCAUCUGUAGCAGCAGCGGCUGCUGGGAUCAGGUUGUUCGCAGUGGGGAUCGGAGAAGCUCUGCAGGAGGAGCUAGAGGAGAUUGCAGCAGAGCCCAAAAAUGCUCAUGUAUUCCAUGUGACAGACUUUGACGCCAUUGACAAGAUCAGGGGCAGGUUGAGGAGGCGAAUCUGUGAGAAUGUUCUGUGUCCCAACAUGAAAGUUCAAGCAGGCCGUUUUCGGCUAAACAGCACCAGUGCAGGACUGACGGAGGUGCCAGGUUUUGAUUUAAUGGAAUACUUCAAUGUGAGAGAUUUUCUCGGUGAGCUGGGUCAGACCCCCUAUGUUCGGCUCGGUACCAUGCCCAUCGUCCAACAAACAGAAGAUGUGUUGCCUCAAGGUCUACCUGAUGAAUAUGCAUUUGUGACUACAUUUAAGUUCAGAAAGACCUCUCGUAAAGAAGACUGGUACCUGUGGCAGGUCUAUGACAAACAUGGCAUCCCACAGGUUUCGAUCCGUCUGGACGGGGAGAAUAAAGCAGUGGAGUACAAUGCCGUUGGCCUGAUGAAGGACGCUGUCCGGGCGGUCUUUAAAAACCCAGAGGUGGACAACCUGUUUGACCGUAACUGGCAUAAGAUCGGUAUGAGGGUGGACUCCAAGUCUGUGUCCCUGUUUCUGGACUGUAAACACAUUGCGUCACUGCCAAUAGAGGACAGAGAAGACAUCGACAUCCAGGGAAAGACUGUCAUUGGCAAGAGACUCUACGACAGCGUUCCCAUCGAUUUUGACCUCCAGAGGAUGGUGAUCUACUGUGAUGGUAAACAGGCAGAGCAGGAGACGUGCUGUGAUAUUCCUGGUGGCCCUUGUGAACAAUCUCUGGUGACUGAGGCCCUCCCCCCCCCCCAACUCCCGUUGCCCACCCCAAAACCAACAAGUGCUGAGCAGAAGAGACCAGCUGCAGUGAACUGCUCCUGCCCUGUAGGGGAAAGGGGUGAGACAGGCCCACCGGGUGUUGGGGGGCUCAAGGCUGAAAAGUGGUUCUUUACAUAAACUGUACAUCUACAUCCUGGUCUAAAGGGGGCUGAAGGACCACCAGGACUUAAGGGUCAGAAAGGAGAACGUGGUCAGGCUGUCUCUAUCAAAGGUGAUAGAGGGGAGAAGGGGGACAGUGGUGAGCACUGUGAACCUGGAGCUAGAGGAGAUAAGGGCAAGAGAGGAUCAGAUGGUUUGCCUGGUCUGGCUGGGAAACAAGGAGAUAAAGGAGAGAGAGGUGAGCGAGGACUCUCAGGUGAAGCUGGGUUACCUGGACCUUUUGGACCGAAGGGUAUCCAAGGUGAUGCUGGUACUCCCGGAGCACCGGGUCCACAAGGGGCGUCUGGUGGCGCAGGAGUAAAAGGAGAUAAAGGAUCACCCGGAGAUCAGGGUGAUCCAGGUUUAGAUGGGUUUCCAGGGAAACCUGGUGUUCCAGGAAAAGAUGGUCUUAGGGGAUUAAUUGGUGCUCCAGGCCCAAAUGGAGUCAAAGGAGAAAAGGGAGAAAUUGGCCUGGCUGGAAUACCUGGUGAUGCGGUUCAGCUGGCAGGACUCAAAGGGGAGACUGGCAUCCCUGGCCCACAAGGGCCCCCUGGGGCUGAUGGCCCUCCUGGACCUCCUGGCCCACCUGGACCCCCAGGUUUGGCUGGGGAGCCUGGUGAGAAUGGACAAAGGGGUAAAAAAGGCGAUGCAGGAUUGCCUGGAGUUGAUGGUCUCCCAGGACCACUUGGUCCUCAAGGGCCUCCUGGGCCUGCUGGUAGUCCUGGGCAGACAGGACCUCCCGGAUUACCUGGUGAAAUUGGAUUUUCGGGAAAACCAGGAGAACCAGGAAAACCAGGCUUGCCAGGAAAGGAUGGACUGGACGGUUUCCCUGGAAACGAUGGAGAGAAGGGGCAAAGGGGAGAACCUGGACAGGAUGGCUUCCCUGGCAAACCCGGGCCAAAGGGAGAUGAAGGCCCUCCGGGGCCACGAGGACCUGCAGGUGAACGGGGAGAGCCCGGUUUAGCUGGGCAGUCCGGCCCAGUUGGACCCAAUGGAGAGAGAGGAGUCCAGGGAGAGAGAGGAAGAGAUGGACCAACUGGAGCAAAAGGAGACAAAGGAGACAGGGGUGAAAUGGGACCCAUUGGACCAGCAGGGGCCCCAGGAAAUGUGGCCAAUGUGAUCCCUGAACCGGGUGAACCGGGUAAUCCCGGAGAGAAAGGAGAGAAAGGGGACCAAGGAAAACCAGGCGAGAUGGGUCAAAGAGGACUUCCUGGAGAGCAGGGCUUCAGAGGACAACUCGGACCUCCGGGCCCAAAGGGUGAUUCGGGUGAUAAAGGAGAUGCCGGGAGAAACGGAGAUCCAGGUCCACCAGGAUUGACGGGCCCUCAGGGGCCCAGAGGGCUGCCAGGCAAUGUGGGUAUUCCGGGCAGUAUCGGUCCACCUGGUAUUGCUGGACAGAGAGGAGAGAAGGGUGAUGCAGGCAAAGAUGGUCCCCCUGGACCCCCGGGUAAAACUGGUGAGCCGGGUUUAAGAGGAGAAAUCGGUUUACCAGGAAAAGGCAAAGAUGGAGCAAAGGGUGAUACGGGACCUCCGGGGCCAGCCGGCCCUCCAGGACUGAAGGGUCUGCCUGGUCCUCAGGGAAUGCAGGGGAUGCCAGGAAACAGAGGACCUCCAGGAGAAGGGACAGCUGGACCCCCAGGGCCUCCUGGACCCGCGGGGCCACAAGGAGCAGCGGGUUUGAGUGGACCUCCCGGAGUGAGCGGACCACAGGGACCCGCAGGACACAAUGGUUUGCCAGGAAGACCUGGAGAGAAGGGCUCCCCUGGAGAACCGGGAAAAGCUGCAGACCUUUCUGAUCUGAAUCUGAAGGAUGUUUGUUCAGAAUGUCCUCCAGGACCAGCUGGACCCAUGGGUAUGCCUGGAGCUCCAGGUGACCAAGGUCAUACUGGGCCACCUGGAAAAAAUGGCCAAGAUGGCUAUCAGGGCCCACCUGGACCUACAGGACCGCCAGGGAAACCUGGUGCUGAUGGAACCAAGGGGGUCAAAGGUGACAUAGGACCUCCAGGUACACCUGGCGAUAAAGGUGAAAAGGGGCCCCCAGGACCUCCUGGUUAUCCAGGGGCCGCAGGAGCCAUGGGUCAACCUGGUAAUGAUGGAAACCCAGGGCCUAUUGGGCCACCGGGAAGUCCUGGAGAAAAGGGUAAAGAAGGGCUAAAGGGAAUCCAGGGACCUCCAGGUCUGCCAGGUUUAAUGGGCAUGAUGGGUAAAUCUGGAAAGGAUGGAAGAGCAGGAGAACCAGGAGAGCCGGGCAAGCAGGGUGAGCCUGGACCACCAGGCAGAGACGGACUCAGAGGAAUGCCUGGUUUCAAAGGUCAUAGAGGGGAACCAGGACCACCAGGGUCAAAGGGCGAAGAAGGGAAGCAGGGAACUCCUGGACAUGAAGGUCCACCUGGGAAAGAUGGGAACGCAGGACCGCCAGGGCCAGAGGGCAUGAGGGGGCCAAGAGGAGAACCGGGUCAACCAGGAGAACCAGGAGCACAAGGCAAGUCUGGAACUCAGGGAAAUCCGGGUCAGCCAGGACACAAAGGUGAGGCGGGGAGCCCAGGAUUACCUGGUUUUCUAGGCCCGGCAGGACCAUCGGGUCCGCCUGGUCCAGCUGGCCUGGAGGGCAAACAAGGUAUGCCAGGAGACCCAGGAGACAGAGGACACAAGGGAGACAAGGGUGAUAAUGGAAUUAAAGGAGAUAAAGGACCCAUUGGAGAUCCGGGUAUGCCGGGACACCCUGGGCCUCCAGGUCGGAAGGGUCACACAGGGAUGAUGGGCAUGGCGGGACCCCCAGGGGAAGUGGGUCCUGCUGGGCCCCCUGGUCAGCCAGGACAGCCGGGUCUCCCAGGAAUCAGAGGUGAGACACCGUCAAUGGAACAAAUGCGACGGCUGAUUCAAGAGGAGCUAGCCAAACAGUUAGAUGCUAAGUUGGCCUACCUCAUGGCUCAAAUACAGCCCGCUCAUAUCAAAAGCCCGGCUGGACGUCCGGGGCCACCUGGUCCCCCAGGUAUAGAUGGAUCCCCUGGCCGACAAGGCCCACCUGGAGAGUCUGGGAUACCUGGACAAAACGGAGCAGAGGGACCCAGAGGCCCAAUGGGUCCUAAAGGUGAACGAGGAGAAAGAGGUGAAAAGGGAGAGGACGGUGUUGGACAGAGAGGAGAACCUGGUCCAACUGGUCCCAUUGGUCCUGCAGGAAUGCCAGGUUAUGGAAAAGAUGGUCUUCCUGGAUCCGCAGGAUCUCAGGGAGAGCCUGGUAAUCCUGGCCCUCAUGGUCAGCCUGGACCACCGGGACCGCCAGGCCAGUGUGACCCCUCUCAGUGUGCAUACUAUGCCAGCCUGGCCUCAAGACCUCACACUAAAAAUGUCAAGGGGACUUAACGCACCUCUUACUGUCCUGGGCUAGCAGCUAAUUAUGAACUUGGACAUUCAGUAAGCCAAGAAUAUCUUCUAUUAAGAUCAAGAGAACUCCAGUCUGGAGCAUCUGAGGGGUGUGUGAAUGUAUGUGAAUGUGUGUGUGUUUAUAAUAGGCUUUUCACACUGCGCCAAACCUUGGGUUAACGUCAUCUUAAUCCUGGGAUAAGCAAUGUUUUACAUUUGUAAUUUUGAAAGGGUGUUAGUGUUUUUAACCCUGGGUUACGAAGCCCUGCUCUACUGCACGGUAAACACCGCUUUUGAGGUAUAAGGUGUUAAAAUCUUACACAGAGUUGUUUAGCAAUAGACUACCAACAAUAUACUUAACACAGGAGCACAUCAGGAAAUUCUAGUUGUGUUAUCCAGGCUUGGAAAUGUCAUGGAAAUUAGCCAAAUCUUAGAAGUAAUGGACAUACAUGAAUAUAUAUUUUUCUAGCUAAAAUCAAUCAGUGAGAUAUUGAUCUGUUGUGUAGAGUAAAACUAGAUCAGAUUCAUGCGCUUCGUACAGUUGCAAAAUAUUCAUGUGCCUUGUUUAGUUUCACAGUCUGGGAAACAGUGACAAAUGUCAAACCGUCAGUACGUUUACAUGCAUUUUAAAAGUUUGAUUUCAGUCAGACUAAAACAAUAAUUUGUCAUUUUAUUAUGUCAUGCAAAUGCAUUAGUCUGACUGAAAUCGUACCAUUUACAUUGAUGCAUUUGGCAGACGCUUUUAUCCAAAGUGACUUACAGUGCACUUAAUACAGGGACAAUCCCCCUGAAGCAACCUGGAGUUAAGUGCCUUUCUCAAGGACACAAUGGUGGUGGCUGUGGGGAUUGAACCAGCAACCUUCUGAUUACCAGUUAUGUGCUUUAGCCCACUAUGCCACCACCACUUUUUGGUUGCAAAGUCGGACUAACAGACCUUGGUAAUGCAACUGUACCUUAAUCCGAACACAAUCUGACCUCGGCGUUAUGCGAUGACUCGCAACGUUUAUUUAACACUUCCUUUGCUGACGUCCUUCCUUCAAAUAUUCGAUUACGUAUCGUGUCACGUAGCUGAACUUGCUUUAGCCCGAUUAUAACUGCACAUGUAAACGUACUGCAUGAACGAAUUAAGUGGAGCGAUGAAGUGACCGUAUUAUUUUUACAAUUAUUCCCAUGGAUAGACAAGCAGUUAUUAAAAAGUGAGCUCAUUGUGAGCUGUGCUUGUCCAAUCAGUGCUAUUAACCUCAUAUAUAUGCAAGUAAGAACGUAAACCCAGGGUUUACAAAUGUACAAUAUAAAAUCUCAAAAAUCGGAAUACCCCGGGAUUAAUUACUAACACAGAAUGAAGAGUGUGAAACAUUGAACCCAGUAUCACAUAAACCCAGGGUUAAAAAUGGCCCUCGGUCAACAAUUUCAAGUGUGAAAAGCCCAUAAAAGUCCUGCCGUUCAGAGGUAGAUAUGAUUUUUUUAAGGUGAUUGGGUGAUAUUUAGGGUAUGUGAGUUUUAGGUCAGGAUAUUCACUUCAAAUCAAAACCGUAAAGGUUUUUUCGGUCAACAGCGCAAGAUUCCUGUUACAAAGGAAAAACAUUAACUACCUUGAUGAUGUCAUAAUGAUACAACUUGUCGCCCAAGGUUGUGCCGCCCAUGCUCAAAAGGUUUGCUGACACCAUGUGGUCAGUAAUCGGGUAUUGAUCCAGUGUAAGAAACGUCUGUACAGAGUCAAGAUGUGUUUAUCAAGUCUGGGGAAUUUUCUACUUGAGGUUUAUCGAUGAAGCGCUCUGUUCCGCUGGGGGGAAAAAAGAAAAAGCAGGGCAUUAUUUCCCUCAUCAAUAGCUGAUCUCAACAAGAAUCAUUAGAGGUCCUAAAGGUCGUGGGGAAAUGCGUACAGUGCCUUUUAUCUGCUCUUUUUUAAUGUAGCCAUAGGUUUGUAAGAUAUAUCUCUUUUUUAAGCCAUGAAUUGUGGGAGUAAUAUGCAGUUUUAUCAUUUAGAUCAUUAAACUUGAGUUUUUCGAUGACCUUUCGUUUCCUCGGGCAGUUUUUCACAUUUUUUGACUUUAAAGAGGAUUCAAAGCCUUGGUAGCACAGCCGGUUUGUCAUAUAAAAUUACCACUGAAGGAACAGUUUAAGGAAUGUUCUGGGUUCAAUACAAGUUAAGCUCAAUUGACAGCAUUAGUGGCAUAAUGUUGAUUACCAAAAGUAAUAAAUACAACUCGUCCCUCCUUUUCUUAAAAAAAAAAAAAAAAGCAAAAAUGGAAGUUACAGUGAGACACUUACAGUGGAAGUCAAUGAGGCCGAUUUUUUUUGGAGGGUUUAAAGGCAGAAAUGUGAAGCUUAUAAAAUUAGCUUUGCCACCCCAACUCGGACCUCGCUUGCAUCCUGGAGACGGUGUGCAACGGCUUAACCCGUCUGUGUCACGCAUGGUCCAUAACAACGUUCCGCUCGUGUCUGGGAGGCCUUCCGCCUCAGUAGACAAAUCACCCACACCUCCCCUCUCCCACCUUAGACGAACUUACUGGAUGCCACCCCUUAAUCAACUCUUGCCACCCCUUUGCCACCCCUGGCAAAAAAUUCUGGACACGCCCCUGUACCCCAGUUCAUUAUGGUAAGCCUUUAUUAAUUAUUUAUAUUUUAGAGCUGUCGGUAUGGAUUUGGCGGGAAAUUGCAUACUUCCGUCAGUCAUCCGUGUGUGUUUACAUAAUGUCCAUAAAGAAAGAAAAGAAGGUCCGUUGAUACUACAGCGCAUGUUUAUGUGUGGUGAAAGGUGUGGUAGAAGUUUGAAGCUGAAAGCUUGUAACCACAACAAAAGAGCGACACUGACCAUGGAUCAUUCAAAAAGGCAACCCUCUGGAGAAUCACCCGUUUCCAAAAUAACCCUCAAACCGAGAAGUAUCUGCAUGCAAAAAGGAAAAGCGGCAGAGCCCGUAAUAAUAAAACACGAAAAAACAAUCGGCUUGGCAUUUUCAGAGGUGGCGACCUAUUUAAACCUAGGGAUUUAAAACCUACCUUGAGGUGGAUUUUUCUCACUUGACAUGUAAGAUAUUUUAUUGGACCGAUAGUUAGCCAGAUAGCUCUCUUAGUGUGGUAGUUUGUUAUAUAGCGUUAGCUACUCUAAUGUAGCAUUGCAUUAUGGAUUGUGGUACUGCAGUGCUUGAUUUCAUAUUCGAGGAAGGAAAUGGGGGAAAAAAAACAAACUAGACCAGAUCUCUAGACCAGUUACUACCUUGGUCUGGUUGCUUGCUAGCUAAGAUAUAAUAGUUUCCAUCGUUUGACUUUCUGAUAUGACUAGCAAUCGUUAUGUCUAAUGUCAUCAUUAUUUAUUUUGAAACAAUUGUUUUCAGUGAGUCAAAACUACAGCGGAAGAUGUGCUACUUAUCUGCUAAUAAGACAUAUUUUUCGGAUAUCCGUCUUUUUCUUCCUUUCGUUAUUUAUUUAUUUAAAGUUUUGUGGGGAGGGGGCGAGUUUUGUUGUUGUUAGUGACAUUUGGUCUGAUAAGUCGAUCAUCUGUAUCCAUGGUUACAACGGUACUCCUCAAACCAUCAGAUUCCUCCACACAGAAGAGCAGAGCCAAAGCAUGACUGAUGUAAUUUCCAUAACAAUGUUCCUCCGCAAGUAACUUGCAGUUCUAUGCUUCAACCAAAAAAAAAAAAAAAAAAAAGUUACAACUUUUCUAAAAGUUACAUAGUGUAGCUUUAAAGGGGUGAAAAGUCUAAAUUAAUUUUUGUGGUCACCAACAUUGUCACAAAUGCUGUUAAUUAAGAGUCACUUGUAUUGAAGCCGGAAUAUUAUAAAUAUCCUUUAAAGCAAAUUAAGAAGAUUCUGUUAUGAUUUAUGUCACUCACCCUCAUGUUGUUACAAAAGUGUAUGACUUUUUCUGUUAAACACAAAAUGAGAUGUUUUGAAUAAUGUGCAUGCUGCUGUUUUCCAUAUAACGAAAGCAUAGUGACCAGGGGCUGUCAAGCUCCAAAAAAAGCCAAAUAAAGUAUCAGAAAAGCACCAUAAAAGUAUGACUAGUGCACAUUCAAGUCUUCUUAAGCUAAAGUUUGUGUAAGGAACAGACUGAAAUUUAUGUACCGUUUUCACUGAAAAUCUUUCCCUCCACUGCAGCGCUGAAAUCUCAUUGCGCUUUGCAUAUUCAAAUAUGUCACACCACAUUCAGUUAUGAAAUAUGCAAGAACCAAAGACAUUUGGUGUCAAUGGCAUCCCACUUUGACACGUGUCUUGGCGCACCAAUUUGAAUAUGUGAGCAAAUUAGAUUUCAGAGAGAGGGGAAGAUUAUCAGUGAAUACGACUUAAAUUUCUGUCUGUUCCUCACACAAAUGUAUCAUAUGACUUCAGAAGACUUGGAAUAUAGUGCAUGAAUCAUAUUUUAUACUUUUAAUAUACUACUUUUAUACUUAAAUAGUACUUUUUGGAGCUUGAAAGAUUUAAACGUGCUUUUGUUGUACAGAAAAAGCAGCUUGAACAUUCUUCAGAAUUUAUACUUUAUAAGUCAUAUAUGUUGCAAAAGGUUUUACUUUUAGAUCUGUUCUUUGUAGAGUUUUUAUCCUCAUUAAAGGUGCUGUAAGUGAUACGCAUAUUUUGGAAACAAUGCAUUUAAUGCAUACAAGUCAAUCAGAAAUGUUUUAUGCCUGUCAAUCAUAUCGCAUGUUCAAGUUUGCUGACAUCCGAUUGGCUAACAUGUCUUUAGAGGACAAGGUUUUGUAUAGAGAAAGUUUCCAAAAUGGUGGAAAUGAGCAAGACCACUAAAAUCGGUUACAGCACAUUUAAAGGAAUAUUCUGGGUUCAAUACAAGUUAAGCUCAAAUGACAGUCUUUGUGGAAUAAUGUUGAUUACCACAGAAAUUAAUUUCAACUUGUCCCUCCUUUUCUUUAAAACAAAAGCAAAAAUUCGAGUGACAGUAAGGCACGUACAAUGGAAGUGAAUGGGGCAAAAAUCCGUAAACGUUCGCUGUUUCAAAAGUAUAGCCAAAAGAUGAAAAAUAAUAUGCACAUUGUUCAUUUUGACCUCCCCUGACAUGAUUUGAUCAAAUCUCUUUUCUGUGUAAGUUAUGUCCAAUUUUACAACUUUGUUGCCAUGACAACAUAACUCUGUAAACCCCUAAUAUGACUGUAAAAAUGACUAUUUAAACAUCUUUAAAGCUCAAAUAAUAAACAAGUUUUAACAAUACUUGUGCUUUUAGUAAAUUAUAAGCUUAACAUUUUUGCCUUUUAACCCUCCAUAAAUUGGCCCCAUUCACUCCCAUUGUAAGUGCCUCACUGUAACUUCAAUUUUUUCAAAGAAAAGGAGGGAUGAGUCAAAAAGAUUUUUUUAUGAUAAUCAACAUUAUGCCACAAAUGCUGUCCAUUGAGCUUAACUUGUACUGAACACAGAAUAUUCCUUUAAAGAAUGUGGUAAGAAUUAAGUGAAUUUGUUAAUCAUAUUUUAAUUCUAAAAUGUUACAGGUAUGCUGUUCUGCUUGCCCCCCAAAAAACAACAACAAUUACACUGAAUCUUUUAUUAUUUCAUAUUAUUUACAUACAUAAUUAUUCCCCACAUUAAGAACAAAAUGUAAACUGUUAUUUUUUCAUAUUUGUCAUUGUUUGCCCUGUCUCAAAGACUCACAUUCAAGCAAUGUUUUGAUGUAACUUAAUUUGACAAACUGAUCUUAUUACUUAUGCAAAUUUAUGUAAAUCCAUGGUGCUUUGUCUAUGCAAGCCAAAGAAAAACACGCUAUCAGCAUCUCAGUCAUAUUCUCCUCCACUUUAUUCAAAUAUAGUUGCAUUUUGACUUCAUAUCCACUUGUUAGUUUGGCUUUUUUAAGCUGUUAAUGACUGUAAUGUUUUUUGUUUUUUUUACAUUAAUUUGCAUUAAAUUAUUCUAAUGAGCUAUAGGUGCGGGCGAUGUAAAAAUAGCUUAAUUUAUGCAUGGUGUAAUCUAACUAUUUAUACUGAUUCUCUGGUGCUAUCAUUCAUUUUAAUUAGACUGAUAUGUGUACGUGUGAGGAGGGAAGAGCACAUGUGUUAAUAAAGAGUUGAUCAGGUCCA